AUGGAAUUUGGGUUGGGAGCGCCUAGGCCCCACAGGGACAGGAACGGGUUUGGGAUCUCCUGGAGUCUUGUGCCCCACGGGGAUGGGUGCAAGACCUCAUGGAGUGCACAGGGACAGUUUGAGGCUCCAUGGGGACUCACUCAGAGUCUUGCUGUGCCCCAGGUGCACAAGCUGCUCAUCGUGGUGGAGCUGCUCCUCGGGGAGAUCCCGGACAGGCUCCAGUUCCGGCAGCCCUCGCUCAAGCGCUCGCUCAUGCCCUACUUCCUGCUGACCCAGGCCGUCAGGACAGGGAACCUAGCCAAGUUCAACCAAGUCCUUGACCAGUUUGGGGACAAGUUCCAGGCUGAUGGCACUUACACCCUGAUCAUUCGGCUGAGGCACAACGUCAUCAAGACAGGCGUCCGCAUGAUCAGCCUCUCCUACUCGCGCAUCUCCCUGGCUGACAUCGCCCAGAAGCUGCAGCUGGACAGCCCCGAGGACGCCGAGUUCAUCGUUGCCAAGGCCAUCCGGGACGGCGUGAUCGAGGCCAGCAUCAACCACGAGAAGGGCUACGUGCAGUCCAAGGAGAUGAUCGACAUCUACUCCACGCGGGAGCCCCAGCUGGCCUUCCACCAGCGCAUCUCCUUCUGCCUCGACAUCCACAACAUGUCUGUGAAGGCCAUGAGGUUCCCACCCAAAUCGUACAACAAGGACUUGGAAUCUGCAGAGGAGCGCCGGGAGCGUGAGCAGCAGGACCUGGAGUUUGCCAAGGAGAUGGCAGAGGACGAUGACGAUGGUUUCCCGUGACCCUGGGCCCUGGCUGUGCUUUUUUAUUUGUCCCUUGGACAGAUGGUGGCUGAGCAGGGCCCUCCGUCCCCCCCAGACCCCCUUUUAUAAAUCCCUGCAUGUCUGUACUGUGGGAGGGGACACAGGGGGUUCCCUAGGCUCGCACCCCCUGACCACCUGCACUUGUGGUGGGACCCCCUCCCCAAUAAAACAUCCUUCAAAGGAUCCCUGUGGUGACAUCGGAGCCGAUGCUGGGGGGCAGCGAGGGGAGCGGGGCUGGAGGGAGCAGGAGUGGGGUCUCCACCGGUGCCCUCCCAGCUCCCACAACGGGGUCAUACUUUGUUAAAACUUCAAUUAUGACUUUUAAAAUAAAAGAUGGAAAAACACCA